UACUUUAGUCAAACUUACACAGUUAAUCCAUGUUUACUCCCACUCCCUUCACCUCCCUGUUACCUAGGGAAUAUUUUUUUACCACUUUAUGAGUUCUUUUAUAAACAUUUUUUUUGUUCUCAUUCUCUAAAUACACCCCCCCAACCCCCAACCCCAUUUGGCUUUUGUUAGUAAAAAAUAGAGUUGGGAGGUUAAAAAAUACAGUAUCAAAUUGUCCUUUUGUAUAUAUAUAUAUAUAUAUACUGAUAAAGAUACAGAUACCCUAUUUUUCUCAGUUCUGCACAUCCAAAGAUAGACAAAUAGUAGGCCACUUAUAAUAAUAAAGUGAAUCCAAAAACACCACUACAAAAACCAACACCCCUUUUUUCAGAAAAAAAGUAACAAAUUUCAAGAAGAAAUAGUACUAGUACUAGUACUAGUAGUAGAAUCUCAGCCCUUGAAAAUCCCUUACUGAUUUCUUAAGCAAAAAAAAAAAAAAAAAGGAACUUCAAGGUGCAAUCUUUUUCCUCUCAAAAUCUACAAAACAGCAAAAAACAACCACCAUGUAUAGUUUUUCAAGAAUCUCUAAAAAAUGGUAAUGGGGUUGUCCAAGAAACCAUUUUUAUGCAUUUUCUUGGCCAUUCUAGCCAUUUUCAAGAAUCUCCCAAAAAUGGGGUUGUCCAAGAAACCAUUUUUUUGCAUUUUCUGUGUUUAUUUAGUCAUUCUAGCAAUUUUCAAGAAUGUAGCACCAGCUGAAUCUGCAUCUGGAAACACUAAUUUAGUGUACAAAGGUUGUGCGAAACAGGCAUUAUCAGAUCCAUCUGGUGUUUACUCACAAGCCCUUUCAACCCUUUUUGGCACUCUUGUUUCACAAUCUUCAAAAUCCAAGUUCUACAAAACUACAACUGGUACUGGCCAAACUACAAUAACUGGUCUUUUUCAGUGUAGAGGUGACCUUACUAAUCUUGAUUGUUACAACUGUGUAAAUGGUUUGCCAAUACUGAUUGACAAGCUCUGUGGCACCCCUGUUGCUGCAAGAAUCCAGCUUUUAGGCUGUUACAUGCUGUAUGAAGUCUCAGGCUUCCCACAAAUCUCAGGAAUGGAGAUGUUGUACAAGACUUGUAGUGGAAAAAAUGCACCAGGGAGUGGAUUUGAGGAGAAGAGGGAUACUGCUUUUUCCACACUGGAAAAUGGAAUGUCUAGUGCUAAUAAUGGAUUUUACACUUCAAAUUAUGAGUCUGUUUUUGUUUUGGGACAAUGUGAAGGGGAUGUAGGCUCUUCUGAUUGUGGUGAGUGUGUCAAAAGUGCUGUCCAAAGAGCUCAGGUUGAAUGUGGUAGCUCAAUUUCUGGCCAAAUAUUUCUUCACAAGUGCUUUGUUAGUUAUAAUUAUUAUCCAAAUGGGGCUCCCACAAAAUCAUCAUCAUCAUCAUCAUCUUCAUACUGGUCUCCAUCUCCUUCAGCAGGGACAGGCCAAAACACAGGGAAAACAGUGGCUAUAAUACUAGGAGGAGCAGCAGGAGUUGGUUUUCUAGUCAUUUGCAUGCUCUUUGCAAGGAACCAAAUGAAGAAACAUGAUGAUUAUUGAAGGGAUCAGCUGUGUAUUAUUAUAAAAGGCUGGCAAAAGCUUUUUAUGAGGUUGAUUCUUUCCUUGUUAAGAUUUUCUACCUAGAAGGAAAAUAUAUUUUCUUGGAAAUUCCUGAAAAAAAGUGAGGGAGUUUGUGAGCUGUAAUUCUUGGAAUUAUUAGGUAAAAAGAGAAAAACAAAAAUACUAUUUUGGGGACAUAAAUUUUUGGAGAAAUGAUGUAACAAUACAUGUUUUUUUUUGUCAACUAUGAAGAAGAUUGGCAAGAGCAUUAUAAUGUUUUUUUGGCCUUUUUCUCCUAUGGCCAUGUGCAUGUUGUAUCUUUUCUCUUUGUCUCUGAAUAAUUGUUUCUCCCUU